AUGGCCAUUGCUGGUUCAUUGCCUCAUUUAGUUCUGAAAGAAAUUUUUAAUGAAAUUGAAGAAUCGAUAUCAACAGAUAGAUACCGAGUUUUGCUAUCAUGUGCACUAGUUAAUCGUUACUGGUGUCAUGAAGCAUUACCAACACUAUGGCGUCGUCCAUUCAAUUGCCGUCGUGAGCAAUACUCAAAACUUAUAAAAGUUUAUUUGCAAUUCAUCGAUCCAGAAUUUCUGAAUUUUUUGGACCUUGAUUUAAAUAUUCCUACUAAAUCCUCGAUCUCGUCAUCAUCCUCGUCUUCAUCUUUACCGUUCUUAUAUCCAUCAUACAUAAAGUACAUUGAUUUUUACAACUUUUUUGACGCGGUCCAAUAUUGGAUGACAACCGACGGAGAUUUUGAGAGAGGAAAAAAUCGAUUUAAUUGGAUGCCACAAUGGUUUUAUCGCGAACGACCGAUUCUUCAUGAAACAUUUUCUAAAGUUAAACGAGCUCUUGUACAGGCUCUGUUGGGAAACUUUCUCUCGAGCGGUGCAAGAUUGGAAAGUGUCUCAUUUUUGAUUCAUCCGAACAAAGAUUUAAAAGUCGAAGAAUUUUUGUGGCCUUUUGAUGAAAAUGUUCGUCCAUUGAUUGUGAAUAUAAAGAUGUUGACAGUUUCCGGAAUGUUUCGUAAAGAAAAUAUUUUUGCUGAACUCACUAAAAUUUGCAGGAAUUUGCAAGCAAUGGAAAUAGUGAUCGAAGGAAAUUCCGACGUAUUGGGAGUACAAUCUCCAAAAGAAUACUUAAACCUUGGCUCACUAAUCCAAGCACAAAAAGGCCGUCUCAAAUCUCUCAAUAUAACAUUCCGUGAAAAAAGCCGAUCAUUCAUCGAACUACUACUCCCUUCAAUUUGGACAAACUCUUCGACUCUACAAAAUUUGCGUCUUUGCACCGCCGAUUUUCGUGAUGUGAAACGACCACUCGCGGGAUUAUCGUCCUGUCAUCAGCUACGGUCGUUGGAAUUUAGUUACUGUAAAGGACUGACGAAAGAGUCAAUUUCGCCAUAUAUUACUCCGGCAGUAAAUCCUUAUCUGAAGAGAAUUCGUGUCCUUGGAGGAUACUAA